CGGGGAGGAGGAAGGACCUGCUGUUUUGCGUCCCUUCGGAGUCCUUCUGUUGCGAGGCUGAGCAGGAGAGGCAAGCCAGGGGACGCGGGCGAGUCUUCGAGAUGGCUCACUUCCUUGAGCUACGUCUUGACCGAGCGAUCAAAGAGGGAGACUUGACAGGGGUAAAGCAAGCACUAGACGAUGGAGCGCCUCCUGACGGUGACAGGAACGCCGGAAAGAAGCCCAUUCACUUCGCCGUGGAAAGCGGGGUCGUCCAGGUCACGGAGCUCCUGUGUGAAAGGGGCGCCGACCUCAAUGUGGCGAAUCCCGAAGACCAGGGACCGAGCGAUCAAAGAGGGAGACUUGACAGGGGUAAAGCAAGCACUAGACGAUGGAGCGCCUCCUGACGGUGACAGGAACGCCGGAAAGAAGCCCAUUCACUUCGCCGUGGAAGGCGGGCUCGUCCAGAUCACGGAGCUCCUGUGUGAAAGGGGCGCCGACCUCAAUGUGGCGAAUCUCGAAGACCAGGGAAGAAGUCCACUGCACAUGGCUGUCGUGAAAGGUUCUCAAAGUGUCCUGAAAUGCUUGCUUGAAAGGAAAGCCGACCCCAAUUUCAAAGACAGUGCAGGAGAAACACCACUGCUCACUGCAAUACAAAAGGGGGAAAUAUCUGCCGUGGGUCUUCUGCUGAAAUCCGGGGCUGAUGUUCAUAUGAGAGACGAAAACCACAACUCACCGAUUCACAUUGCCGUGGAGAAAAGUCAUGGAGAAAUCGUCCAAAUGCUACUGAAGGAGGGAGCCAAUGUCCACAAUAUAAAUCUGUCAGGCGACAGUGUGAUUCACGUGGCUGCAAGAAAAUCUUCAGAGUGGAUCCUUGAGAUGCUGAGAGAGAAGGGAUGUGAUUUAGACAAAUGCAACAGAGACGGCUCGUUCCCGCUGCACUUGGCCGCGGAGUCCGGCAACCUGGAGGCAGUCAAGUGGUUCCUGCUGCAAGGCGCCAACCCCUUCAGCCUGGAUGCAAAUGGGAAGACGGCGACGGACAGAGCGGCGGAGACGAAGCAGCAACGCGUUGUGGAAUGGUUGAGGGAUCAUAAGGCAAUUAACGAAAAGACUCAAGGUCCCAACAAAAGGAGUGAAAUCAAAGCAAACGCUGAUCGCGGACGGCAGGCUCACCUUCGCAGCAGCAUCAGUCUCGACGGCGGGGACUCAGCCAGCGUUCCAAUAAUUACAUCAGGGAGUGUGAAGUCAACAUCUCAGUUAUGGAACGACCAGGAAGACGACCAUCGAGCCGUUACGGGCAGACCGGCCAUCAGGGGGAGUCGGGGGGAGCAGAGCAUCAAGGGAUUCGGGACCCAAGGAAAUCUGGCUCAGGUUCAUGCACAACCCAGUGCUGACCAGAGAGACGCCUAUAGAACGAUUCUUGAAGCGUCUCGAGAGGGGGACGCGGAGGCAGUGACACGCCUGAUGCAGAAGAAGGUGGACUUGGAAGUGACUGACGAAGAAGGACGCCGCCCCCUGCACCUCGCGGCCCUGGGAGGCCACGACCGCGUGGUGAGGGAGCUCCUCAGAGGAGGCGCGGACGUCGGAGCCAAGACGCCCGAAGGUCUCUCUUGCGUUCAUUAUGCUGCACAAGGUGGGCAUAUUAGUACGGUGAUGGCUUUACUGGAAUCCCGCUGCGACAUCGAGGCUGUGACGAAGGACGGGUCCACCGCCCUCCACUUGGCAGCUGCGCAAGGCCACGCAACGGCCGUCGAGUGGCUGGUGGGACAGGCUGGCCUGAAGGUCACUUCCGUCAACAAAAAGCGCCAAACAGCCCUUGACUUGGCCAGAAAAGCUGGACAUAAAGCCACGGCUCAGUCUUUAGUCCAGUUCCAGAUAAGUCACAUUUUAGCGGCUGGUGACGUCGGGACCCUGAGACAACUGGUAGAAGAAUUUGAUUUGGAUGACUUGUGUGCCAGAGAAAAUGAUAAAGGUUUUCGGUCUGUCCACUACGCUGCAUGUGGAGGAAAUGUUGAAAUCCUGAAGAUCCUUCAGAAUAAGAUGUAUGACAUGCGCUCAGUCACGAGCCAAGGAUAUUCAGCUCUGCAUUUUGCUGUCAAGUACUCUCACGAGCCGGCUGUCAGAUGGCUAAUCGAAGAGGUUGAACUUGAUGCUGCUCUUCCUCCCGGCAGAGGUGUCGCCUCUGUCCUGGCACUGGCCAGACGGAAAAGAAAUGCGAAUAUGAUAUCAUGUCUUGAAGAAGUGACCACAGUGAGAGCCCUGGAGUCUGGCGACCUCGAGGAACUUAUAAACCUGGUACGCGAGGGCGUCGACAUUGAAGAUGUGUGCAAAAGAAAAUUGGGUAUUCGCGUUGCCCAGUUUGCUGCCAAGUGGGGGCAUCUCGCGUUACUGAAGAACCUCCAGAAAAUCAAGUGUGACCUGAAACCGGAAGCAGACUCAGGGAAAACGGCCCUUCAUUUCGCAGCAAAUUAUGGCAAACUAGAAGCUGUGAAGUGGCUGGUGGAGGAGGCUGGCCUGGACGCUUCCCAUCGGUCAAGCGGCGGUUCGACUGCCUUGGACUAUGCAGAGAAAAACAAUUAUAAAGAAAUUACUGCUUACUUAAAACAACAUACUAAUGGUAAAAAUGCAGCAGAAGAAGCGGAAAGAGUAGGAGGAGGAAUAAGGGGAGGAAAAGGAGAAGGAACUCCCAUGGAUCUGCGGUCGUCAAAAAAACUUAAG